AUGGAAAAUACAGCAACAAAUCUGUUAGAUACAAAUGAAAAAAGGAACAACUUUAAACGUACAAAUGAAUCACCAAUAAUAUCUAAUAGCAAUAGUAAAAUAUCUAAUUUUAAUGUUCGUUCAAGAACGCCUUCAAGUGAUGAAGGAUCUCAUAAAGUCAUGUGUCCAAAACCUAAUCAAGUUUCAAAUGUCGUUUUAUAUGGAAUACCAAUAGUUUCUUUGUUCAUUGAAAAUCAAGAACGUCUUUGUUUAGCACAAAUAUCAAAUACACUUUUAAAGCAAUUUAGCUAUAAUGAAAUCCACAAUAGACGUGUUGCAUUAGGAAUUACUUGUGUACAGUGUACACCCGUGCAAUUGGAAAUUCUAAGGAGAGCAGGAGCAAUGCCAGUUUCGUCAAGAAGAUGUGGAAUGAUAACAAGAAGGGAAGCUGAAAGAUUAUGCAAAUCAUUUCUUGGUGAUAAUUCUCCUCCGCGUUUACCAGAUGAUUUCUCAUUUCUGGUAUAUCAUGAGUGUGCAUUUGGAUGUCGUGGUGCAUUUUUACCAUCGCGCUAUAAUUCAUCAAGAGCAAAAUGUAUCAAAUGCACUUAUUGUGGACUAUUCUUUUCACCAAAUAAAUUUAUUUUUCAUUCUCAUCGAAUGUCACAAAAUGACAAAUAUGUUCAACCAGAUGCUGCUAAUUUCAACUCUUGGCGACGGCAUUUGAAGUUAUCAGGUUCACCUACGGAAAAUAUAGCUUAUGCUUGGGAAGAUGUAAAAGCAAUGUUUAACGGUGGAACAAGGAAGCGUUUAAUAUCUCCAAGCUCAUCACAUCAUGGACAACACAGUGCAAAAACGGAUAUAUCUCGAAAAUCAAAAGAAAUGCAAAACUAUAGUCCACAAUUCCCAGCAAGAUCGUCGGCACCACCAAUUCAACAAAUUCCAAGUCAAACAACACCAAAUGAACCACCUGUUAAUAAUCCACCAUUAAAUGAAGCAACAUCUCCAAUAAAAUCAGCAGCUAAUUCGUCAGCAGGAUUUCACCAAGAUCUCCCAUUUUCUUUGUCACAUUAUGUGUGGCAUUAUCAACAACAAACACAAUCGAUUUCUUUAAGUACUCCAACAAAUCCAAAUAAAGGAAAUAAUUUCCAAUUCCCAACUCUUAACUGGAUAAAACAACAACAACCAGCAGCCCUUCCUCCAUCAUUCCUAUUCAAACCGAAUGGCACUUCAAUUGCACCAGUAAAUGCAUUAUCAAAGGAUGAAAAGCCACCCUCAACUUUCAAUCAUUUUCAUUCCGCUGCAUUUAAACCCGUAAUCAAUAUGAGAUUAUCAAAUGAUGAAAGCAAUGUUUCAAUUCCAAAUCAGAAUCAUUCGCCAACCUCUUCAACAAAUCAAAGUGACGAUGAGAGAUUAACACCAGCAAAAAAGUUUUUGAAUCAUAUUAAAUAUGGCAAAGAAAAGGAGAGUGAUAUAAAUACUAAUGAGAAUAUUAUGCAUGAAGAUGUGAAACAAUAUGACCAAAGUGUCGAGUAUGAUUCCAAAAAUGAUUCACAAACGGAUGAUGAGAAUGAGAUGGUUGACAUUGAAUCGACAGAGGAUGAUGUUAAUAUUUUAAAUCUUCAGUCAUUUCAUUCAAACAAGUCCGAAAAGGAUGAUGAUGAUGAUGAAGAAGAAAUAGAGGUUGAUGAGAAGGUUGAAAAGGUUGAAAAUAACAACACCACACCAUACAAAUUAAAGAGUUCGAUAAAUUCCUUAACUGAUAUCACAUCAAACAUUGAAAUGCAAGAAAAUUACUUCCUCAAGAAGAACUAUGUGAAUUUUUCAAACGUAAACGAAAAGGAAUGGCAAUUAAAAAAGGAGUCCAAUAGACAUAAUUCACCCUCAAAUCACGUUCAUAAGGCCUAUACAACUCCUGCCAAAACUGAUGGAUGUAAACUCUGGUCUGUUGCAAAGUUAUCAUUGGAAUGUGGUAAUAAUAUUUGUGAUGACACAUUAAGAUCAUCUCUUUUCAAACGAUUGAAAUCUUUUCAACAAGUCGAUACAGCAAACGGCUCGUCAUCAUACAAUUAA